CAGAAAACAAUGACAUUCCUCCUCUCACGCACAACGACCACCCUCGUCGGCACCACCCUCGGCCUCGGCCUCACCUUCACCCUCCACCCUCUCUCGCCCUUCCGCGCCGCGCCCCUCCAAUGCCAAUACUCCGCCCCCUCCGCCGCCGGCACCUCCGAAACCAACUGGACCAUCCCGUCAUCAGACCCCACGCUCCUCAAACAAGGCCGCACGGGCCCGAUCCUCACGGCCUCGAACAUGCGGCAGGUGAGCUUGGGCAGCGUGCUGGGGCUGGUGGUGGGCGUGGGGCUGCGAGCGUUCUCGCGCGUGCUGGUCGUGUUGAUUGGGAUGGGGAUUGUGGCUGUUGAGUGGGCCGCGGCCAAGGGGUACAAUAUCCUGCCCAUCAAUACGGUCCAGAAAUACGUGAAGCGGGUGGAUUUGCAGGGCGCGGUGUCGAAGCAUAUCCCCUUUAAGUUGAGCUUUGGGGUGACGAUGGGGUUGGCUGCUUUUGCGCAGUUUUAAAUUUGAUUGUUGUUGUGGUGGUGGUGGUGGUGAGGUGGUGUGUUAGGGGGUUGAGAAGAACGGUUUAUGUAGAAUAAAUAAAAUGAGGGCGGACUUAUUCAACUU